CGCUCGCGUGGUCCGAGCGGGGCGGGGCCGGGGCCGGUGACGUCGCGCCGGGAAUAGCCCGGGCUGCGGCGCCCAGGCCCGGCGGAGAACCAGGGUGGGCGCCGGACGGAGCCGAGGCGCGCUCGGACCCCGGCCCACCGCCCCAACCUGCCGCCGCUAUGUACGACCCCGAGAGCGGCUGGAGCCUGUCCUUCGCCGGCUGCGGCUUCCUGGGCUUCUACCACGUCGGGGUGACCCGCUGCCUGAGCGAGCACGCCCCGCAGCUCCUCCGCCACGCGCACAAGUUCUUCGGCGCCUCGGCGGGCGCGCUUCACUGCGCCUUUUUCCUCUCCGGGAUCCCGCUGGACCAGACAUUGCAGAUCCUCAUGGACCUCACCCGGAGAGCCAGAAGCCAUAAAUUGGGGAUCGUCCACCCAGGCUUCAGUUUGAGCAAGCACACCCGAGACAGUCUCCAGAGACACCUCCCUGACAACGUCCACCAGCUUGUCUCGGGCAAGAUGGUCAUCUCGCUUACCAGAGUGCCCGACGGAAAAAGCGUGCUGGUGUCGGAUUUUCGUUCCAAGGAAGAAGUCGUGGACGCUUUGUGUUGUUCCUCCUAUGUCCCUUUCAUCUGUGGCUGGAUCCCCCCUUCCUUCAGAGGCGUGCGAUAUGUGGAUGGAGGAAUAAGUGAUAACAUACCCUUCGUUGAUUCCAAAAAAACCAUCACUGUGUCCCCCUUCUAUGGGGAGAGCGACAUCUGCCCCAAAGUCAAGUCCACGUUCUUUCUUCACGAAGGCUUCACCAAGCUCAACAUGCACUUCUGCACAGAGAACCUCUACCUGGUGUUCCGGUCGCUGUUCCCACCGGAUGUCAAGGUGCUUGGAGAGCUGUGCCUUCAAGGAUAUGUGGACGCGCUCAGGUUCUUGGAGAAGAACGGCAUCCAUGAAGGGCCCCAUCCGUGCCUGAGCGCGUCCCCCGCAGAGUCGGAGCCCGGGAGCCUGGAGCCUCUUCUGGGUGUGGCCACCUGGGAGGCGGGACCUGAGCUAGCGGAGCUGCUGGACCACCUGCGCCUCAGCGUGCAGACCUGGGACAAGAGCGUCCUGGAGACCCUGUCGCCCAAGCUCAGCAUGGCACUGAGGAAGGCAGUCAGAAACCCAGAUGGGUACAGAAACAGGAUUUGCAACUUCUUACCAGUUAAGAUCAUGUCCUACAUGAUGCUGCCCUGUACGCUGCCCGUGGAGUCUGCCAUUGCUGUGGUCCAGAGACUGGUGACGUGGCUUCCUGACGUGCCCAGUGACAUCCAGUGGCUGUGGUCGGCCACCUCCCACGUGUGUUCUCAAGCCAUGGUGCGUCUGCUCCCCGUUUCCAGAUCCCAAAUCUCAGGAAGUGGCCAACGGCCUUCCUCCACAAACCAGAACACCGUGGGCGCCGCCGGGCUCUCUGCUCCUCCGAGGACCCAGACACCCACCCUGUGGACGUCCCGCAGAGGCCAGAGCUGACACCUAUGAUGAAUAUCCAGGGUUCCGCCUCACUGCUGCCUCGUCUCGUCCUCAUUGGCUGACCCCAGGCCACCCCUUGACAUCCUCACCUCUCCAGCACUGCAGGUUUCUCAUCAGCGUGUGAAACAUUCUCAAGUUUCUCCCACCUUGUCAAAUAUUGAUGAUCCGCUCGGUAGGCUGGGAUGCUCCAGUAUCAGGAAUUAGCGCUGUGCAGUGUGAUUCAUGCCAGGGAGCAACCGUCUGUUUGGUAAACAGAUAGCAGAGCCUGCUGAGAAGCAUGAGCCCAGUCUUGCUAAGGAAAUAAAAUGUGUGUGUUUACGUGUGUGUGUAGAGUGGAGACUGAGUUUGCCCAGUUACCGACGGUGGUUACCAUGAUGCCCUUCCGUGUAAUUACAUUUUAUAUUAAAUUUCUGCGUUCAUCAGGAAAUAAUUCAUAAUAAAUGUGAUUGUUGAACCGCU